AUGCCUCUCCAUCCUACUGUUCUCUGGGCUCAAAGAGCCGAUGUUCUCUAUUUGACCGUCGAAAUCUCUGACAUCAAAGAGCACAAGAUUGAUUUGACCGAAACCAAGCUUAGAUUCACCGGUGUUGGUGAGAAGGAGCAGAACCAAUAUGAAGCCGAGAUUGAGUUCUACGGUAACGUUGAUGUUGAGAAAUCCAAGCAACACUUGACAGCCCGUAACCUGACAAUGGCCAUUUAUAAGAAGGAGGAGGCUUGGUGGCCCAAGCUUCAAAAGGGCAACAAGCUCAAUUUUGUUAAGGUUGAUUUCCAAAAGUGGAGAGAUGAGGAUGAUGAGGAUGAGGAAACUCAACAGCCUGAUCCCAUGGGCGGUUUAGAUUUCCAAAGUUUGAUGGCCCAAGCUGGUGCCAGCGGUGGCUUGCCCAACAUGGACAAUAUGCCUGAAGGAGAUGACAGUGAGGAAGAAGAAGAAGAGGAGGAGUCAGCAGCAAAGAACUAA